AUGUCUGAUCUGCCGCGAGGCUACGUGAUUUCGCUUUCACUAGGGUCACUGCACCACGAGGCACGCCGGAUCAUUGAAUGGUUUAAAGACCAUACCAGCGGCAAUCAGUGGAUUGUGGUUUUUGGCCUGUCAUCAACAAUAGUUGAAACUCUUACGACCGACCGCAACGCGCUUAACGGUGUCCCGUAUCGCUUCCAAUGA